CAAGUCGAGCAUAUGCAUCGUCCAGUGCUCAUCAUCCCAAUUAAAGCCUUUAAUCUUCGGCAACACAGCAGAACCAAGGAUGUCUUGCAGCUGUGGAUCAAGCUGCGGCUGCGGCUCAAACUGCAACUGCGGCAAGAUGUAUCCUGACUUGGAGGAGAAGAGCGGCGCCAUCAUGCAGGCCACCGCCGUCGUCCUUGGCGUCGGGCCUGCGAAAGUGCAGUUCGAGGAGGCCGCCGAGUCCGAUGAGGCUGGCCACGGCUGCAGCUGUGGCGCCAGUUGCAAGUGCAACCCUUGCAACUGCUAAGCUGCAAGCAGUCGAUGCGCUUGUGAUGAUUGUGCCGUGUGUGAUCGAGUGCGAAUAAUGAAACCGGCGCCGGACGUCUGGUUGGUGUUGUGGUGUGGUUUGUUCUUGGUGUCCUUGUGACUUGUGAAACUGUCACUACUGCUUUGUGUUUGUGUGCGCGAACCUAUCUGUGUGUAUCUUUGUAAUGGUCUAUCUAAAUGGACUUAAUAUACAAAACAGGUUCUCGCAAA